AUGAGCGAAGACAACAAGGACCUGGUGCGGUUCGCCAGCGAAUACGCAGAGCAGGAUGUCGACCUCUACCAGCUCCUGGGCGUCGACGCCCUCACGUCAAAAGAAGACAUCCACCGCACAUGGAGAAAGCGGUCGCUAAAGUACCACCCGGACAAGGCGGGUGACCAGUUCGACGCCUCCAAAUGGGAGCUCUUUGAACGCGCCCGCGACGUCCUGUCCGACCCGGACGCCCGCGCCGUCUACGACCAGGCCACAAAGGCCAAGCUGCUACGAAAGCACGAGCGCGAGGCCAUGGACAGGGAGCGCAGGCACUUCGCCGAUGACCUCGAGGCCCGCGAGCAGGCCGCCAUGCGCCAGCGCCAAGACAAGGAGCACCUCGACCGCGAGACUCUCCAGAAGGAGAGGGAGCGCUUGGCCGAGGACGUGGCCGACCUGGCCGAGGCCAGGCGCCGGCUCAAGGAAAAGAGGGACGAAAAGGCCCGCCGGAAGCAGGCAAAGGUGUCCAUCAAGGCCUCCCUGGGUGGCGGCGGCAAACGUUCGGGACCCGCCAACGGCACCAUCGACGUGCCGGGCAACUAUCUCGUCGGCCUCGGCGACGUCAAUAAAAAGUACUGGGAGCUGGUCUGCGACAAGUUGCGUGCCGUGCAAGCCGUCAGGAAUCUACGGAAGCAAGCCGCGGCGCCCGAGGAGCUGCAGGAAGCGACGCAAGCGGAGCAGGAGGCGCGGCGGAGGAUACACGAGGCAGAGGCAAAUUAUCAGCGUGAAGCCGCGGCGCUCUGA